UCCAGCAUUUUUGUAGAGAUAGGGUUUCCUUUUUCCUUCGAAGAAAUUUCUCGUUAAACCCUUCUCUCUCUUUAUUCCGUCCACAGAAAUGAGCAAAACUCACCCACAUUGUCGACGUGACAUCACGUGGAUUUUACUCUUUCUGCUUCUUGCUCUUCUUCUUCCGUGCGUGGUUGAUGGUGACGGCGACGGCGACGGCGAUCGGUGUAAAUGCAAAAGCGAUAAAGAAGAAGGUGGAGAAAAGGUUGACAAGAAUUUGGCCAAGAAGUACAAAAUCGGAGCUCUUGUUUCGAUUCUGGUUGCAAGUGCAGUUGGCGUCAGCCUUCCAAUGCUCAGCAGAAUUUUCCCCGCCUUGCAUCCGGAGAAGGACUUCUUCUUCAUGGUGAAGGCCUUCGCGGCUGGGGUCAUAUUAUCCACCGGUUUCAUUCAUGUAUUGCCAGAUGCUUUUGAAAAGCUGACGCCUCCCAGUCUCUGUCAUCAUCCCUGGGACGAUUUUCCCUUCGCCGGAUUUGUGGCAAUGGUGGCAGCCAUCGGAACGCUUAUGGUUGAUUCUCUUGCGACUGCGUAUUUUAAAAAGUCCUCGCUAAGCGCCAUGGACCGAGUUGCUGAGGAAGAAGAUCUGCAUGAACAUAAUCGCCAUGCAACUCAUCAUUCUCAUUCUCAUUCUCACGCUUCCAUGUCUUCUCCUUCGACGAACCUCCUUCGCCAUCGCGUUAUUUCUCAGGUGCUGGAGCUGGGGAUUGUGGUGCAUUCUGUGAUAAUAGGGAUCUCUCUGGGUGCAUCUGAAGAUCCUAAAACGAUAAGACCUCUUAUUGCUGCUUUAACUUUUCACCAAUUUUUUGAAGGCAUGGGGCUCGGUGGUUCCAUCUCACAGACAUGUGAUGGUAUUGGAUGCAAAUCGCUUGGCUUGAAUAAAAACGUACCCGACACCAAAAAUAGUUUACUUGUGGUGUGCAUUAGCCAGCGUAUACUGCUUAAAGAUUCUACUGAAUACGAACAUUCAAAGUAACAUGACUACGGUUCUCAUUCCAGUCAUCCAGAGAACCGUGUCGGCAGAGUUAUGUUUGCAAUCGUGUUUUAGCUUAUUAGACAUUCAUUUUAUAAUGCUAUCACCACACAUAUUUACAUUCAUUUUAUAACAGUAGGGUACAAUAAUUAUAAAAGUUUACACUUUUAUAUUUUUUCAAGAAAUAGAAAAUUAAAAAAUAAAUAUGGUGACAUACUUUUACAUUCAUUUAACACAUAGUACAAAAGUAAAAUAGUCACAAAAAGUGUAUUUUUAUAUUUUUUUAAUUAAAAGAAAGUAAAAAAUAAAGGAAGACAAUAUUAAAUGAAUCUAAAAUAUUUUUAUGUCUGUUAAAAUAUUAUUUCUUAAGAAAGAGUAGUCUCAAAUAAAUAUAAAAAUUUAUGUGUGUGAAAGUACCAUUUUAUCCUUGUUAUAAGAGCGUGUAAUGAUACUGUUAUUUUUUAUUAGACAUUAUAGUAUGAAGUUUGACAUAAGAUCUGUCGUGUAAUAACUUAAGUAACGGUGUUUUGU